UUUUUAAACUAAAUUAACAUGGCUCGAAUGAACCGCCCUGCUCCUGUGGAAGUCACGUACAAGAACAUGAGAUUCCUUAUUACUCAUAAUCCAACCAAUGCAACCUUAAAUAAAUUUAUAGAGGAACUUAAGAAAUAUGGAGUGACCACAAUAGUAAGGGUAUGUGAAGCAACUUACGACACUGCUCUUGUGGAGAAAGAAGGCAUUCGUGUUCUUGAUUGGCCUUUUGAUGAUGGUGCACCACCUUCCAACCAGAUUGUUGAUGACUGGUUAAGUCUUGUAAAAAUCAAGUUUCGUGAAGAACCUGGUUGUUGUAUUGCUGUGCAUUGCGUUGCAGGACUUGGGAGAGCUCCAUGGCAUGCUACGUUCAACAGCAAGCACCUUUUGUAUUUGGAGAAGUAUCGUCCUAAAAUGCAGCUGUGCUUCAAAGACUCCAAUGGUCAUAGAAACAACUGUUGUAUCCAAUAAAACUGGGGUGCCUGAUGCUAUUGCCUUGGAUGUGGAACUUCAGACAAG